AGAGGGGCCAGUUUGGUGAGAUCAGUCAAGGACAACCAUUUAUUCUGCUCCAUUGUAACGUGGAUUACUGCUAUUCCCUCCCACCAUUGCCUUGACAAUGUCAGUGGUGGAAAUGGAUACAUCCCUGGGAUUGUCACCUUCAAGCCAAACACUUUGUCUGCUGCAGAGUCCAGAAUUCUACAUCACUUGCACCCCGGUUUCCCAGAGGAAGACACCAUCUGUUGAUGGGGACGGGCCAUUAACAACCUCUAUCCCUAGCCAUUCAGAAUUCCUCGCCUUGCCUCCAGCUCCAAGUGCUGAACAAACAGAGAUUAAAAACAUGCAUGAGAUGGAAGUUGAGCACUUGAUGCCUCGGGAUGCCUAUAAGGGUACUAAAGAAAACCAAGACCCAUCAUUCCUUCCUUUAUCACACCCUGACUUGCAGCAGCCUCUGCACUGCAUUGACACUGGAAACCUAAGACAGACGUCUGCUUCUGACAAUGACAGCUUGGGGGGCAUCCACCUGGGUCUGGAAGAGAAAGGAACACUGGACAGUUUGAAGGUGUCCACUAUUGACUUUCCAGAUAUCACUACAUUGGUGGCAGAUAUUCACCUUCCUCAACUCUUCAAAUUCCUCACAGGCCUAGAUCAAUACCAAGAUUCAACAGUAACUGAAUCUAAAGACUCCACAGUUGUCUGGAGGGAUCAGGCCCAAGAAAACUCCAGAGUCAUCAGUGGGUCCUCUGACCAGGUGAAAAAGAAAGACCAUGACACCUCUGAGUUGAUUGAUGGAGCUCCUCAUGCCAAAAUCCCAAACUGGGAUCUGGUGGUGGGAGAAGGGUCUAUGGCCAGUGUUGGGGUCAGUGGCAGGGCUAUUGACAACAUGGCUAAGGACUUGGAGGGGAAAGCUCCCAAAGUGUCACCCAUCAUGCCCAGCAGAGCUAGGGGACAAGGGCAAGACAAGACCAAAUGGACCACAGAAAAUAAUUCCAAGAAAAUAGAGGAGCUCAAGAAGUCAAGGAACAGAGCCAAAGCUGAAAAGAAGCCCACCAUCCCCAAGACCAAGAUAAAGAGGGAUCUACCUGAGCUUAGCCACAGCAGCUUUAAAAAGCCUAGAACCCACCUUGGCAUGCACAUGCUGGAGUCUGUGCAGGUCUUCCAUCCUCUGGGGAAGAAGAGUGAGAAGAAACCUGCUACCACUUCUUCCCAGCAUCUGGGAACUUCUAGCAGCAACAAAUAUCCCGGGCCAGGCCCAGCCACAACAGUACUACAGGAUAUGGCUCAUGAGUGCCAGGGCCCUGACGAAACUCCAGGCAAGGUUCAGAGAGCAGAGAGCAGUGCUCUCAAGGAGUGUCCAUCUCAGUCUCAGUAUGAGGUGCCCCCAGCUGGGAAGGUCAGGUUAGUACCUCUGCCUUUCCCAACCCAGGACCAGCCUCAAACCAGACCUGUUUCUAGAAAGCCCCUCAAUCUGGCUUCACACAGGCCCACUACAGCUUACUCUGAGAGGUGUCAUUUUCACUCAGCUCAGCUUACCACACUCAAGCCAUCCCAACCACCUUCUAUCAGCAAAUCUUUGAUGGCUUCUGCCAAGCCAGCUCUGCCAAUUUCUUCCAGUGCCAUGCGAUCUAAUGUAACCAACAUCAUCCACAUUAGCACUGUGCCUCAAUCAGGCACCUUGAGGCCUACAUCCUAUAGAGAGCCAUCUCAGACUUCCCUCCAGAGGGAGCUUCUUUCUGCUGCCAAGAACAACGUGCCAGCACCUCUUGAACCUCAAACUCAAUAUCUGUUGCAAGACUUCAGCCGCCAACCCAUUCCAUGGAGAAAAGUUGACAUUCUGGGACCAGUUGUCUCACAGCCCAUCACAAAAGAGCAGAGGCCAGAGAGGGAGGCCAUGAAGAGGAGGGCCCAACAGGAGCGAGAGAAUGCUGCCAAGUACACCUCUCCUGGGAAACUGCAGCUUUUUCUCCAGAGGGAGAAAGAUAUGGAAAUUUCCCGAUACUAUGGCUAUGCAAUGUAAGAGCUGCCCAGAUAUUUCAGUGUGGA